AAUUGCAAGAGGGUGAGGCGGAUCAUGUUAGGCUGGCGGCAUAGUGCCUGAUGCCAUCUCCCGAAGGAGCAGAAAUUCAUGUGAGGUGACUUCCAGAACACAACCUUUAGAACAGACCUUAGAGGACUAUCGGGUUGGUUUUGGGUUCACUGGUCCGGCAUCAUCAUUGGCUGUUCCUUGCCAGUAAACUGCGACCUUUUGACCUGGAUCCCACCCAGAAGCCAUGGUAGCGUAUGGGUCCAGGCGACUGUGCCUCCUCUUCUCUCUGCUCCUCCUCCUCAGAUGCCUCUCACCACUGGUUUAUCACAGCUUCUUAACCCAGAAGCUCCAUGCACAGCCUUCUCACAAGAACCUCACUAUCUUGCUGUGGCACUGGCCAUUUGGACGGUCCUACAGUCUCGGCGGGGACAAAUGUCUCGAGAUGAGCCAUAUCAGCCACUGUAUUCUAACUGACGACAGGUCCAUGUACCCGACUGCAGACGUGGUUGUUUUCCACCACCAGGAGCUGAGCAACGGUGCAUCAGCUCUGCCACUCCACCUGCCCCGCCCCGCAGCCCAGCACUGGGUGUGGCUCUCCAUGGAGCCUCCAGUUAACAACGCCAAUGUCAAGAAGCUCAAUGGUGUCUUUAACUGGACAAUGAGCUACAGGCGUGAUGCAGAUAUACCCAUUCCCUAUGGAAAGACCCUCCAAGGAGCUGGAGUUAAAGGCUUUCCAGGUGCUUUAAACCGUUCCUGCUUUGCCAGCUGGGUGGUCAGCAGAUACAAGCCCAAUCAGACCCGUGUUCAGGUCUACCAAAGUCUGAAAAAGUACAUUCCCAUUGAGGUUUAUGGAGGGUGGAACAAGAAGCCUCUCCCAGAAGACCGGCUGCUGCCCACCAUCUCAAACUGCCUCUUUUACUUGUCUUUGGAAAACUCGGAGGCGACGGACUACAUCAGCGAGAAGCUGUGGAGGAACGCGUUCCAAGCAGGAGCUAUUCCCGUGGUUCUGGGUCCGAGUAGGUCCACCUACGAGGCUGUAGCUCCGCCUCAUUCCUUCAUCCACGUGACGGAUUUUAAAGAUGCAGCAGAACUAGCCGAUCACCUGAAUCAUGUGGCUGCAGACAAGCGGGCCUAUGAGGAGUACCUCAGGUGGCAUCAGACUCACAGGAUUGAAACCUGCACAGACUGGAGAGAAAGGCUCUGUCAGAUCUGUCAAAACUACCCCAAUUUACCCAGCAGGAAGGUCUACCAGGACCUGGAGGGCUGGGUUAACAGCUGACACCAUCUUCAGAGAAGCGUGCUAAUAUUGUGUAAUACAUGUUCCUUUGAUCCGCCAUGCAUGUGUGGCAAACAGGAAGGAGAUAGGGUGUCAAAAUGCAGAAGAGAAAAGAUUGGGUUUUACUUGAUUUCACAUGGCAGUGUUAGUAAUAGUUUGGGAAGUAUCUCAGUUAAUCACUGAAUAUGAAAAAAGAUCAAAAUGUUUCUGCUGUUGAAAAUGAUUCACUGUCAUUUGCUCCUGAUAACUGCAGCUGUUUUGCACAAAUGUAAUCAUAAUAAUUCAUGAGUUUUAUUUAAGAGCUCACAUCUAAAUGUUUUCAUGUUUUCUUUAUGACGACCAAAAUACCUGAGGUUAUUCCAGCUCCGAACCACAGAGCAGUCUGGCGUCUUCUUUAAGCCUUUUUUGGGAAAAUAAAAAAAGAACUCUUUAACCUGAAAGACACGAGGUUCAUUCCAGGAAACACGGCGUGACAUUAAAUCAGGCUGCUACUGAAAGGUUAGAGUGUUUUAAAAUGGUUCGGCCAAAACAGAAUGAGCUGAAAAGAUUCAAAAUGUAUGAAAAGAAUAGAUUAAUAUGACAUCAAUAGAAACACUGAAACACUUUAAAUGUUUUAAAUCAUUUCACAUCUGUGGUCUGAGGUUUGUUUCCUCUCAGCUGUGCCCAUAUUCUGGGUGAAAUGUUGGCUGUAAAGCUUAGCAGUUUAUAA